AUGCUUUACUCAACAGAACUUACGAGCAAUCCUGUACCUGGAUUCACCGUCGCUUUGCAAGAUGACAACGUGUUCGAGUGGGAUGUAGGUAUCAUCGGUGCUCCAAAUACGAUUUAUGAAGGGGGCUAUUUCAAGGCUACACUCAAAUUUCCAAAUGACUAUCCCUUUAAUCCGCCAACCUUCAAAUUCAACAACGAAUUCUAUCACCCCAACGUUUACAUAGACGGAAGACUUUGCAUAUCCAUUCUUCAUCCUCCUGGUGAUGAUCCCACUAGCGGUGAGACGGCAGAGGAACGUUGGAAUCCCACCCAAAGCGUCGAAAGCAUCUUAAUUAGCAUUGUUAGUCUUAUGGGCGACCCAAAUUGUUCCAGUCCUGCCAAUGUGGACGCCGGCGUUAUGUAUCGCAAGGACCGGGAAUCCUAUAAUUCGAUUGUUCGAUCUCAAGUUGAGGCAUCCAAGAAAGACAUUCCCGAAGGGUUGAAGAUACCAACUAGCACCGACGACUUUGUUGUCCAAAAACGUCCAAACGAAGACGAACAGGACGAAAACUUCUGGUAUGCGUCGGAUGAAGACGAGGACAUUGAAGAAGACAUGGAGGGUUAUGUGACAAUAAUUUUAAUGCUUGGAGUACUAAAGUGA